CUCUCUCUCUCCCCCUCUCUCUCCCCGAAGUUGGGAUGCGGGGUCGGGAUGUGUCGGGGGGGGGGGGUGGCUGCUGCCGCUGCUGGUGCUGCUGGUGCUGCUGGUGAGGAGAGAGGCGAGGAGCGGGGGGCACGGGCCGCGUGGGGGGGGGGGGGUGCGCAGGUUCAGGAGCUGCUGAGGAGCUGUCUCCAGGCUGGGGGUUCAGAAGCGUCUGGUGGAGGAGGACAACGGUUUCUGGAGAGGAGAAGCCAUUACACACGCUUGGCUCUCUGAGCAAGGGAGAAAAGAAGGCAGGGGCCUGGGGGUCGCCUCACUCCUGGUGCAGUUCCCAGGGGUCUGCCCUCCUUCCAGGCUCGAGGGGAAGCCGCAGCCGCCCCCCAUUGGAGCAGCCCCUCUCUUUCCCUUUCUUUAUCUCCCUGUCCUCCAUUUGCAAGCUGUCUGCUUUGGUUCCAGUCCAGACUCCAAAACACAAAGCUCCUUCUCACGUUCAUUCUCCAGGCUUUUCACCAUUCCUGAAGGAACCCUCAUUUUCUUUUCAUUGUAGCUUCUAACCUACAGAGAGGGAGGGAGGCUGCCUGGAGUUCCUUUUUAUAUUCCUCCUCUACCCAAAGGGGGAAAAAAAAAGUUUUAUUUUUCAGCACGCGUCUGGGAUGGGAAAAGACCAACCAGUUGGGGCUUUUCUCCCAGAGCUCCCGGGGGGUUGUGUCUGAGUGUCUGUGUUGGUGGUUUGGUUUGCUUUGGUUUUGUUUCUGGAGGUGGCUUGCAGGUUUUGGGAGGAAGUGACUAGUUUGGUUGGGAGCUGGGAACUGAGUCAGGUAAGCCGUGUCAUGUUGUAACUCCACCAGAAAAUGGAGGAGAGCGGGUUUCCAGGAGACAAAGCUGAGAUGAGAAGUGUUUAUAAAAUUAUGGAUGUCUCCAUUUUGAAGCUCUGUUGGUGAUGGCUGGAGGAGGUUUGCCUGCCUACUCCUUCUUCUUUUCCAGGGUGAAAUCUUGUGGUGGUUCCUCACCAUCUAUUCAUUAUGCAAGGAAAGGAGGGAGUUGUAAGGGCUGCUCAGAUUUUUCUUCCACCAAAGGAGUGCUUUCACAAGUUAUUGAGGCAUUUGUUUCCAUUUUAAAGUAAACUUUUGAAAUUUUUUUUCUUCUUUUGAGUGGACCUGAAGGGUUUUGACCUCCUUCAGGAAAGGCAAGGCAAAAACCUUAAACAUUUUCCACCGAGGUCUUCACCCAACUUUUAAGCUCCUCCAGGUCUCCUGAAAAGUCACCAGGAAUUGUUAUUUCCUCAUUGUGAAGAUGGUGGUGGCCCUAAAGCUGAGAUUAUGGAGUUCUGGGGCUUGGUUUUCAUCAUGAUUUGAUGCAUGGCAAGACUUUAUUGUCUGGUUUGGGCUGAUUUCUGCAAAAAGGGAUAAGAACAACAACAACAACAAAUCCUGCAAGCUCUCAGAGGAACCCUAAGACUGACUGACCCCAGUUUCUCCAGAGUCCACAUUUCUCUUCAGGUUGUUCCAUUUGUGUAUAAGGCCUUCUUUUAGUUCCUUUGUUUUCCCCCUUCCCUUUCAUUCUGCUCUUUUUCUCUGUGUUCUCAAGUACUGUAAGUCUUCAGAAAUAUCAGAUGUCUUCUUAACAAUGUCACUAUGGAAACAAAUUUUUAAAAGAUUAUGUCUGUGGAGAAAACCUUAUGUCCAGGUAUCUUCACCUUUUUAAUUGGGAAGAAUUUAGUAGUCCUGAGGAAGACAUUUUGUGAGGAUGACUUGAAGGAAGGACCCAGUACUACCCCAGUCCACACACAUUGAUUGGAGUUCUUCGCAGAUUAGUUCUAGAGAAUGUAUGUAAUUGAUCCAAGUAAAGAACAAAAUCCUGAAAUGCUUGAGGAAUUUAUAAAAGCCAACCAUGAAGAUGUUGCUUUACCAUUAGGUAAGGUAGCCAUCUUGAGGGUGAGGGAAGAUGUUGGAAGUAUUUUAGGAGGACUACUGAUAAGAUAGGUGAGGAAGCCUCCACAGUGGAAUGAAAACUUGGAGGAGAUUCAGAACCAAUUAAUAUAUUGUAAGGAGGCUGACUGGACCUUGUUUUCAACUAAGGAGAGACAUAGAAAGGUACCAGCUUCAACAGAAAUAAGGGACACAUUGGUUCCUAAUGUGAGAAGGUAGGCCCAGAUCAUGGAGGUGCUACAGUGUGAUGGCUGUGACUUCCGAGCCCCAUCCUACGAAGAUCUCAAGGCACACAUCCAGGAUGUCCACACAGCAUUUCUGCAGCCAACUGACGUUGCUGAAGACAAUGCUAAUGAGCCACGAUCCGGGUCCAUGAAUGCCAGUAAUCAGACAGAGAUGGAGUAUUCUUCGAUAAAGGACGAAUUUGCGAUCGCAGAGGAUUUAUCAGGUCAAAAUGCAACUGCAUUGGGGACCGGAAGCUACUAUGGCCACAGUCCAGGAUAUUACGGUCAGCAUAUUGCCCCUAAUCCCAAACCAACAAACAAGUUUUUUCAAUGCAAGUUCUGCGUACGCUACUUCAGGUCAAAAAAUCUCCUCAUCGAACACACAAGGAAGGUCCACGGAGCUCAAGCUGAAGGGAGUUCGGCGGGCCCCCCCGUUCCAGGAUCCUUAAAUUAUAAUAUCAUGAUGCAUGAGGGAUUUGGAAAGGUCUUCUCUUGCCAGUUUUGCACAUAUAAGUCACCGAGGAGGGCGAGAAUAAUUAAGCACCAGAAGAUGUAUCACAAAAACAAUUUGAAGGAGACCACUGCUCCCCUCCCUGCCCCCGCUCCAAUACCAGACCCUGUGGUCCCACCCGUGUCCCUGCAGGACCCCUGCAAGGAACUGCCAGCAGAGGUCGUGGAGCGCAGCAUCUUAGAGUCCAUGGUCAAGCCUUUGACCAAGUCUCGAGGCAACUUUUGCUGUGAGUGGUGCAGCUACCAGACCCCCCGCCGGGAGCGCUGGUGUGACCACAUGAUGAAGAAGCAUCGCAGCAUGGUCAAGAUCCUUUCCAGCCUCCGCCAGCAGCAAGAAGGGACUAACCUCCCCGAUGUGCAGAACAAAAGCGCCCCCAGCCCCACUUCCAACUCCACCUAUCUGUCCAUGAAUGCUGCAAGCCGGGAGAUGCCCAGCGCCAACGUCUCCAACUUCCGGGGCUCCAUCAGUAACUCCAUCAUGAGACCCAAUUCUUCGUCCGCUUCCAAGUUUCCAUCCGUGUCUUACCCUCAGAUGAAGCCGAAGUCCCCUCACAACUCUGGCCUCGUUAACUUGGCGGAGAGAUCGCGUUAUGGCAUGGCUGACAUGACCAAUUCCUCUGCUGACCUGGAAACCAACAGCAUGCUGAAUGACUCCAGUUCUGAUGAAGAGUUGAACGAGCUAGAUAGCGAGAACGGCUUGAAUGCCAUGGAUCACCAGACGUCAGGCAUAUCUGCAGAGCAGCUGAUGGGCUCGGACGGCAACAAGUUGCUGGAGACCAAGGGGAUUCCAUUUAGAAGGUUCAUGAAUAGGUUCCAGUGCCCCUUCUGUCCCUUCCUCACUAUGCAUCGACGUAGCAUCUCCCGUCACAUAGAAAACAUCCAUUUGUCCGGAAAGACCGCUGUCUACAAAUGUGACGAAUGUCCGUUUACUUGCAAGAGCUCGUUGAAGCUUGGGGCUCACAAGCAGUGUCACACAGGUACAACGUCAGAUUGGGAUGCUGUGAAUUCCCAGAGCGAGAGCCUUUCUGCUUCCCUGAACGAAGGUGUUGUGUCUUAUGAGAGCUCGAGCAUCAAUGGCAGAAAGCCGGGGGUCCUGUUGGAUCCCCUGCAGCAGCAACAGCCGCCACCCCCGCCGCCACCGCCACCCCCACCGCCGUCCCAGCCGCAGCCACCGCAGCUACAGCCGCCCCACCAGGUGCCAGCCCAGCCGCAGCCCCAGCCCCCGCCGGUGCAGCCGCCCCAGCCGCCCGUGCCAGGCCCACCCCUGCACCCUUACAAAUGCACCAUGUGUAAUUACUCCACCACGACUCUGAAAGGGCUACGGGUCCAUCAGCAGCACAAGCACUCGUUCUGCGACAACUUGCCAAAAUUCGAGGGGCAGCCCUCAAGCCUGCCGUUGGAGAGCGAGACAGACAGCCACCCCUCUUCCAGCAACACUGUGAAGAAAAGUCAGACCUCAAUUCUUGGGUUGUCCUCCAAGAACAAUUUUGUAGCUAAGGCCUCUAGGAAGCUCGCCAACGACUUUCCCCUCGAUCUGUCACCCGUGAAGAAGAGAACGAGGAUCGACGAGAUCGCAAGCAACCUCCAGAGCAAAAUCAACCAGACAAAGCAGCAGGAGGACGCGGUGAUCAACGUGGAGGACGACGAGGAGGAAGAGGAAGACAACGAAGUGGAGAUAGAGGUUGAGUUGGACAGGGAGGAAGAGCCCACAGAGCCGGUCAUGGAGGUGUCCACAUCCUUCUCGGCCCAGCAGAUCUGGGCGAGAGACGCCGGCGAGCCCCAAAAGGAGCCCAGCUUCAGAAGCGUCGCCCACGACUACAAUGCCACCAACGGGGCGGAAAUUGAGCUCACCCUUUCCGAAGACGAAGAGGAUUACUAUGGCUCCUCGGCGAACAUGAAAGACCACCAGGUUUCCAGUACUGCUCUGCUGAACACCCAGACUCCCAUCUAUGGGACAGAGCACAAUAACGAGAACACAGACUUUGGUGACUCUGGACGGCUUUAUUAUUGCAAACACUGUGACUUUAACAACAAAUCGGCCCGGAGCGUCAGCACCCACUACCAACGGAUGCACCCUUAUAUCAAGUUCAGCUUUCGGUACAUCUUGGACCCCAACGACCACAGUGCCGUGUACAGGUGCCUGGAAUGCUACAUUGACUACACCAACUUUGAAGACCUGCAGCAGCAUUACGGUGAACACCACCCAGAAGCCAUGAAUGUACUCAACUUCGACCAUUCGGACCUGAUCUACCGCUGUCGAUUUUGUUCCUACACGAGCCCGAACGUCCGAAGCCUGAUGCCACAUUACCAAAGAAUGCAUCCCACGGUCAAGAUCAACAACGCGAUGAUAUUUUCCAGCUACGUCGUGGAGCAGCAGGAAGGGCUGAAUACGGAAUCCCAGACGCUGAGGGAGAUUCUGAAUUCAGCCCCCAAGAGCAUGGCAACUUCCACUCCCGUGGCUCGCGGUGGCGGUCUGCCGGCUACAUUUAAUAAAAACACUCCUUCAAAGACCUAUACUCCAGAAUGUGAAAAUCAGAAGGACCCCUCAGUUAACACUGUUGUUGUUUACGAUUGUGACGUUUGCUCGUUUGCAAGCCCCAACAUGCAUUCUGUCUUGGUUCAUUAUCAGAAGAAACACCCGGAAGAAAAGGCUUCCUACUUUAGGAUCCAGAAAACCAUGCGAAUGGUGUCUGUGGACAGGGGCUCUGCCCUUUCUCAAUUAUCAUUUGAGGUGGGUGCUCCAAUGUCUCCCAAAAUGUCCAACAUGGGUUCCCCACCCCCCCCACAACCCCCGCCACCAGACCUCAGUACUGAGCUUUACUACUGCAAACACUGUUCGUACAGCAAUCGGUCAGUUGUGGGAGUGCUUGUCCACUACCAGAAAAGACACCCAGAAAUAAAGGUCACUGCCAAAUAUAUCAGACAGGCUCCUCCCACAGCUGCAAUGAUGAGGGGGUCUGAGGGGCCUCAAGGCUCCCCUCGGCCACCCGCCCCCAUGCAACAGCUGAACCGCAGCAGCUCUGAGCGAGAUGGCCCUCCUGUGGAGAACGAGAUGUUCUUUUGCCAGCACUGUGAUUACGGGAACCGGACGGUCAAGGGUGUCCUCAUUCACUAUCAGAAGAAGCACCGAGACUUCAAGGCCAAUGCAGAUGUGAUCCGGCAGCACACGGCCACCAUCCGAAGCCUCUGUGACCGGAACCAGAAGAAGCCUGCCAGCUGUGUGCUCAUGGCCCCCUCCAGCGCGGAGCGGGACAAAGCGAAACUUCGAGCGCUCAAGUGUAGGCAGUGCUCGUAUACCUCCCCCUACUUCUAUGCACUGAGGAAGCAUAUCAAGAAAGACCACCCUGCCUUGAAGGCCACAGUCACGUCCAUCAUGCGGUGGGCGUUCCUUGAUGGCUUGAUAGAAGCUGGCUACCACUGCGAGUGGUGUAUCUAUUCACACACAGAGCCCAACGGUCUGCUCCUGCAUUACCAGAGGAGGCAUCCAGAGCAUUACGUUGACUACACUUACAUGGCUACCAAACUCUGGGCUGGGCCAGACCCCUCCCCUCCCUCCCUCGCGCUGCCCACGGAAGCCAAAACCUACCGAUGCAGAGACUGUGUCUUUGAGGCCAUGUCCAUCUGGGACAUCACCAAUCACUACCAGGCAUUCCAUCCCUGGGCCAUGAAUGGUGAUGAGUCGGUGCUGCUGGAUAUCAUCAAGGAGAAAGAUGCCAUCGAGAAUCCCCUACCCCCCUCCGCCGAAGAGCUGGUGGGUCCCGUGAAUUGCGAGAACAGCUUGCCCACUCCACUCCCCGAGCAGGAUGCAGAGUGCCCAGAUGAUGCGAGGCUCUCCCCAGAGAAGAGCAUCCAGCUGGCCUCCGCCAACCCGGCCAUCUCGUCCACCCCGUACCAGUGCACAGUUUGCCAGUCUGAGUACAACAACCUGCAUGGCCUGCUCACCCACUACGGGAAGAAGCACCCCGGCAUGAAGGUGAAGGCGGCCGACUUUGCCCAGGACAUCGACAUCAACCCCGGCGCUGUCUACAAAUGCAGACACUGCCCCUACAUCAACACCCGCAUCCACGGCGUCCUGACGCACUACCAGAAGCGCCACCCAGCCAUCAAGGUGACCGCCGAGGACUUCGUGCACGAUGUGGAGCAAUCCGCGGACAUAGCGCAGAACGACGUGGAGGAGACGAGCAGAAUCUUCAAGCAAGGCUACGGCGCCUACCGUUGCAAACUGUGUCCCUACACGCACGGCACCCUGGAGAAGCUCAAGAUCCACUACGAGAAGUACCACAAUCAGCCCGAAUUCGACGUCUUUUCUCCGUCGCCCCCGAAGCUGCCGGUCUCCCUGGAGCCCGAGAUGACCACAGAAGUGAGCCCCUCCCAGGUAUCCGCUGCCGAGGAGGACAUGGGAGAGGAGCCCAUGUCCACGUCGCACUUCUCCGCCUCGCACCUGGUCUCCCACACUGUGUUCCGGUGUCAGCUCUGCAAGUACUUCUGCUCCACGAGGAAGGGCAUCGCCAGGCACUACCGCAUCAAGCACAACAACGUCCGCGCCCAGCCGGAGGGCAAGAACAACCUCUUCAAGUGCGCCCUGUGCGCCUACACCAACCCCAUCCGCAAGGGCCUGGCGGCCCACUACCAGAAGCGCCACGACAUCGACGCCUACUACACCCACUGCCUGGCCGCUUCCCGGACCAUCAGCGACAAGCCCAACAAGGUGAUCAUCCCGUCCCCACCCAAGGACGACUCCCCGCAACUCAGCGAGGAGCUGCGGCGGGCCGUGGAGAAGAAAAAGUGCUCGCUGUGCUCCUUCCAGUCCUUUAGCAAGAAGGGCAUCGUGUCCCACUACAUGAAGCGCCACCCGGGGGUGUUCCCGAAGAAGCAGCACGCCAGCAAGCUGGGCGGCUACUUCACGGCCGUCUACGCGGACGAGCAUGAGAAGCCGGUGCUGAUGGAAGAGGAGGAGAGAGGCAGCUUCGAGAAGGCCGAGGUGGAGGGAAGCGAAGCUGCGGAGACCGAGUGGCUCCCGUUCCGCUGCGUCAGGUGCUUCAAGCUGUCCUUCAGCACAGCCGAGCUGCUGUGCAUGCACUACACCGACCACCACAGCCGGGACCUCAAGAGGGACUUCGUCAUCCUGGGCGGCGGCCCCCGCCUGCAGAGCCCCGCCUACCAGUGUAAGCACUGUGAUAGCAAACUGCAAAGCACAGCGGAGCUGACCUCACACUUGAACGUUCACAAUGAGGAAUUCCAGAAGCGUGCCAAACGUCAGGAGAGGAGGAAACAGCUUUUGAGCAAGCAGAAAUAUGCAGAUGGUGCUUUUGCAGAUUUCAAACAAGAGAGGCCUUUUGGUCACUUAGAAGAGGUGCCAAAGAUCAAGGAGAGGAAGGUGGUGGGCUACAAGUGUAAAUUCUGUGUGGAAGUGCACCCGACGCUCCGAGCCAUCUGCAACCACCUGCGGAAGCACGUCCAGUAUGGCAGCGUCCCCGCCGUGUCCGCCGCCGUGAAGCAGGAGGCCGAAGACCCUUCCCACUUGUUCCUGGAUGGAUUGGAAGUCGCCAAAGAUGCCAGUGGCACCCUGGUGGACCGGGUGGAUGGUGAACACUGCUUGCUUGAUGGAAUGUUGGAGGAUGAAACCCGGCCGGGGGGAUACCAUUGUAGUCAAUGUGACAGAGUCCUGAUGUCCAUGCAGGGGCUGCGUUCUCAUGAGAGGAGCCAUCUGGCCCUGGCCAUGUUUACCCGCGAGGACAAGUACAGCUGCCAGUAUUGCUCCUUUGUUUCUGCUUUCAGGCACAACUUGGAUCGCCAUAUGCAAACCCACCACGGACACCAUAAACCAUUCCGGUGCAAACUCUGCUCCUUCAAGUCCUCCUAUAACAGCCGGCUGAAAACACAUAUACUCAAGGCUCACGCUGGUGAACAUGCCUACAAGUGUUCUUGGUGCUCAUUUUCCACCAUGACAAUCAGCCAGUUGAAGGAACACUCCCUCAAGGUCCACGGAAAAGCCCUGACCCUCCCCAGGCCACGAAUUGUCAGUCUGCUCUCCUCCCACGCGCACCACUCCUCCCAGAAAGCUACCCCGGCCGAAGAAGUAGAAGACUCUAAUGACUCCUCCUACUCCGAACCUCCAGAUGUUCAGCAGCAGUUGAACCACUAUCAGUCCGCCGCGCUGGCGAGGAACAACAGCCGCGUCAGCCCCGUGCCUCUCUCCGGGGCCACCGGGGGUGCCGAGCAGAAAACCGAGGCUGUGCUGCACUGCGAAUUCUGUGAAUUCUCCUCUGGCUACAUCCAGAGCAUCAGACGCCAUUACAGGGACAAGCAUGGUGGGAAGAAGCUCUUCAAGUGCAAAGACUGCUCCUUUUACACAGGCUUUAAAUCUGCUUUUACUAUGCACGUGGAAGCUGGGCAUUCGGCGGUUCCCGAGGAGGGCCCCAAAGAUCUCCGCUGUCCUCUCUGCCUCUAUCACACCAAAUACAAACGCAACAUGAUUGACCACAUCGUGCUGCACCGAGAAGAGCGAGUUGUCCCCAUCGAAGUGUGCCGUUCCAAACUGUCCAAAUACUUGCAGGGAGUAGUUUUCCGCUGUGAUAAGUGCACCUUCACCUGCUCCAGUGACGAGAGCCUCCAGCAACACAUAGAAAAGCACAACGAACUAAAACCUUACAAAUGCCAGCUCUGCUACUAUGAGACCAAGCACACGGAGGAACUGGACAGCCACCUUCGGGACGAGCAUAAGGUGAGCCGUAAUUUUGAGCUGGUUGGACGGGUUAACUUGGAUCAGCUGGAACAGAUGAAGGAAAAGAUGGAAAGCUCCAGCAGUGAGGACGAGGACAAGGAAGAAGAAAUGAGCAGCAAGGCUGAUGACAGAGAUCUGAUGAGAUUUUCCGACCAUGGGGCUGCUAUUAACACCGAGAAACGUUUUCCGUGUGAAUUUUGCGGACGGGCAUUUUCACAGGGCUCUGAGUGGGAAAGGCAUGUGCUGAGACACGGCAUGGCGUUGAAUGACACCAAGCAGGUGAGCAGAGAAGAAAUCCACCUGAAAGAGAGUGUGGAGGACAGUAUUAAGAUGCCCUCUAUAGAGGAAAAGGAAGAUGACGAGGCAAUCGGGAUAGACUUUUCCCUAAAGAGCGAAACAGUAGCCAUUUGUGUAGUAGCUGCUGACAAAUCUCUCCUGGAGAAUACAGAGGCCAAAAAUGAAUAAGCGUUUGGUGAAAUUCUUAAUCAAACCGUACUUGAACCGUGAUGAGAAAGUGGGAGGGCCAGCUUGGGCUGAGAAGGGGGGUGGACAGAAAAGAAGACAGAACAAAGCUGCUUUUUAGGACUGAACAAUCUAUUUUCAAAGCACUGGUACCUGUGUGAAUGAGUAUGUAAAUUAAAGUUAUUUAAAUGGUUGGAAUAUGUGGCUCCUUUUCCAUCACUACACCUAUUCUUCCGGAUCUCCAUCAUGGAAGUGUCAUUUGUUGUGGAAUAUGGAAGCACCUCCCGUGUGCACGGUGUGCUCUGUGGCGGUCUUGGACAGGAUGUGGAAACAGAAGCUCCAUGACAGUAAAAGACUUCUCUUAGGGGAACAACUUUUUGACGCACAUCUUUUGGUGCGUUUUUCUAGUUUUAAUACCUUAAGCUUUUUCAAGACCUAACUGCAGCCGCUUUGGGAAAAAACAAACAAACAAAAAAAACCACAAAAAAAUCAAAAACAGAGAACAAAAAACUGCUUUGCAUAAAACAGUCACCUGUUUCCUAGUACCUCAAACUUAACCAAGGGAAUUCUCUGCAUUUGUCAGUACUACCUGUCGUCGUCGUGGUUAAAUGUAGAGAGAACUGCUGGGCAAGACGGUGAAUGGAGAAAAAAAAAAAAGAGAGUUUUAAAGAAAGGAACACAAAUUGUGCUUAAAAUCCCCAUGUGGGUUUUAUUUCUUAAAAUACUGUGAUUUUUUUAAUUAUUUUAGUAAAAAACAAAACAAAAAAAAGAAACAGACUUUAAUUAUUAGAUAACUGUUUGUGAAUUGUCAUCCUUUAUUCCAGGUAAGCUGUUUAUUAGUGUUCAACUAUAAUUUAGAAUUUGGUAGACUCAUGUGAGCUAAUUUUACGGUGACUGUGGAGUUUUGUUUGCCAUAUGUUUAUUUUCUAUCAAUUUGAGUGUUACAAACACAGCACAAUUCAGUUUUGACAUAAAUUGUUUUUUGUGUGCGUGUUAUUGUUUUAAUUUGGGGGCAAGGGAGAUUUAGGUUCUUUUGUGAAUAGGAAUGUUUUUAUUUUAAAACAUGGAAAUAACAAAGAGGUUAGCUUUUUUUUUUCCCUUAAUUUAACUAAAGAACCAAACUUUUUGGCACAGCUAUGCAGCUUGUGGGCCAGAUGAGGAAGUCCUCUUCACCCUUUUGUUGCUCGUCAAAUUAACACAUUAUCCGUCUCACACAAAUAAUUUGUUAGAAUGGGCUGGUUUUGUGUGUGAUUUUGAAAUCUGUGUUCUGUUUUUGUUUGCAUUGUGUUUGGGGGAGGGUUUUUCAUUUAUUUUUAUGGGACAAGGGGAUGUGCUAGAAUCCCAUCUCUUUGGUGAGAGUGGACAAGAAAUACUUAUAUCCUACAUGGAGCCUGGAGAACUACUUUUUUUUUUUUUUUUUAAUCUAGCUGCCAGCUGCUCUGUUUCCCCAUAUUAGCUUUUUCAGGAGGGAACAGCUUAGACUAAAUCUAAGUCUACAUUUAUAAUAUGUUCUGAUUGUGAACAAAAGGUUUCAUUCCAAAAAAGUAGAAAAGAACUUUCCUUGAAGCCUAGGUUAUAGAGAAGCCUGUGUGUGUGUGUGCUUUGAUGCGUGUGUGCUCAUGUGCGUGUGUGUGAGUCCUUUGGUUUUCAUGUUUUGUUUUGUUUUUGUUUUGUUUUACUUGGAAGGGUUGCGGGGGGGCGGGGGGAGAAAGGGACAGGGAAUUGCUGAGAUGACAGUGUCCCACACAGCUUCAAAUAAAAUCCAUGGAAAGAUACUGCAUUUGUGGAAUAAGUGCUUACUUGAAAAGCAUGUUCUUCUUUUAUUUUCUUGCUGUUAAGAAAUUUUAUUUGUAGGGUGUUUGUUUUAAUUUAAUUUUUUUUUUUUUUAGGGAUGGGGGCCAUCAUGUGGAAACCAGAAAAUGGGGAAAGUGUGAUCUAGACAAAGAUAACAUUUUGUGUCCAUAUUUGUUUUUAAUUGGCCUCAUUUCAAAUGUAUUAAACAGUUCCAUACCUGGAUUGGGUGUUUGUAAUGGUUACCAAAAAAAAAAAAAACAAAAAACAAAAAAAAACAACAACAAACAAAAAAAAAAAAAAAGAAAGAAAAAAAAGGAAAGAAAAAGGAAAAAAAAGAAAAUAAUUGUGACAUGCUUUUAUCACUACUUUAUUUUUCAAAUAACAUGUAAAUAUUGUAAUCCAUUGGAUUUUGUUUUGCUAACCUGUUAAUAAAAAUAUGGGACCAUUAUCCUUUUAACAGGGCUAGAAUGUCAUUUUUUUUUGUUUUCAAACAUAUACCUGAUAUUUUGUGGCCGCACAUUUUGGAUGCAUUAUUAUAAUUCUGUUGACUGUAAUGACAUAGAAUUUACAACUUUUUUUUUUGUUUGUUUAAUUUAUACAGAGGACAUUUUUUUUCAGAGCUUGAGAGAAGAAGAUAAAUAGCAAAAUGAGAACCUGUUGACUCCAAUAAUCAGUGUUUCCCGAUACUUGAUAGGAGAGAGGGAGAUUCUGAGUUCUUGAAGCCAAGGGUUUUAAAAACAACAAAAACACAAGUAGGUUAUUCAAGUUGUUUGCAACAUACAUUUUUGUAAUGAAAUGUGAGAAAUUAAUAAAGAAUUUUUUUCACAUGUG